AUGUCAGCCCUAUCUCUAGGCGGCCGCGAGCCGCGAUCACCGACACCACACCAUCACCCUCUCCAUGUCCCUCGGUCCCACUCUGACAAUGACCUCGCUGUCAAGACACGCUUCACGGACUUCUUCAUCGAAACCAUCCUCGGACCCGAGUUCGGCGGAUCGAGAAAGCCGAGUAAGGCGCACCAUCGUAAGGAGGAUGAACACGAGGUCGAGAGACAGGACAGAACGAAUGUCGCCAAGCGGUGCGAUGAGGCCCGCCCGGUGGGCGCGGGGGAAAAAGCCUCAACGAAAUCCUCGUCGUCGCAAUCAUGGCCAGCAUGGGUUUACUGUACACGCUACUCGGACAGGCCGUCAUCAGGACCUCGGACACGCAAGGUGAAACGGCGGGAAAAGAAAGCCGAUGAGAAGCGCCCUCGCACUGCCUUCAGCGCGUCCCAACUCCAGAGACUGAAGCAAGAGUUUCAACAGAGCAACUACCUGACCGAACAACGUCGAAGGGCCCUGGCCAAAGAACUCACACUGAGCGAAUCCCAGAUCAAAAUCUGGUUCCAGAACAAGCGAGCCAAAAUCAAGAAGGCCACUGGACUCAAGAAUGGUUUGGCCAGACAACUGAUGGCACAGGGUCUUUACAACCAUUCGACGGUACCUUUGGAUGGAGACGAUAUGGACACGAAGCUCAUGAAUGCCAGCGGGGAUUGCAGUAGAUCGGACUACACAAGUGAUUCUGAUGGGGAUUCGUUGACACAUUAACAUACAUACAUCAGAGACCACCUAAAUCUCGGAGAAUAUAAUUAUGAUAAUAGAAGUAUAUUAUAUUCAAUAACUAUUGUGUGUUGACGGCUGAAGGAAGAUGUGACUUAAGGAACAAGCGAAUUGUUAGUGGAAUGAAUCACACAUCGAUAUUGGGGUUUGUUGAAGGAUCAACCCUUUGAAGCAAGGAUACAUACACGUUUGUCAGUAUCUUACACAAAGAUAGUAAAAUCUCCAUCACUGCCGCAGAAAUGCCAGCAAACUGCCCAAGAUCUACCCGAGCUAGAAAUGAUGAUUUUGAUCGUGUGCGUAACCACAAUGAAGGACAGAAGAGACAAUUGCAACAAACAAAAGUAUCUAAAGACGAUAUUUUAAAUUGAUCAUAAGAAUGAAUAAGAAUGACUAAGAAUUAUUAAGGAAAGGAGGAGAGUGAUGAACAAAGAAAGUGGCAUGAGAUAAGACAAACCAGUCGUUGAUUGACAAUCAGAAGGACAUUAACCUAGCAUGAACAAAUGUGAGUUAACGCCCUUUGGCACUCAGUAGGCGAAGUGAAUGUGAAA